AUGGCUUACAACUUGAUUGAUGAUGCACUUAAAAGAUUUAAAACCGAUAAUCUUGUCAAUUUAAAUACUUUUUAUGAAACUUUAUUGAAUACAUUUAUUUACAACAAUAACAAAAUGGUUAGUAACGAAGGUUUUUUAAGUCGUUUUAUUGAUGGCACAGUAAGAGGAAAUAUAUGUGCCGAAGUUUGUAUCCCUUCUUACUUAAAAGACAAUAAAAUGCAUUGUAUUGCUCUAAGGUCUGAAGCAUCUGGAAGUUGUAUGUACAGCUCUGCAUCAUUAUUUUUUGUUACUGACAAUACACUGAUCGAUGUGUUAAGAGUUUUAACAUUCCUUGAAAUUUAUAUACAUGCUGAUUAUUACUUAUCUCAUUCUGCAUUAGAUUCUGGCUUCGAAAAUAAUAAUAUUAUUAAAGCUAAAGCAAUUGCAAACUGUGAGAGCACAGAAAAAUAG